AUGUUGCCUAGAACUCGCAAGAUUCUAGACCGUUGUAAUGCACAGUUGCCUCUGACCUUACCACCAUCAAUUACGCCUCCAAUUACUACACCAUUUGAACAACCCAUAUCUUCACGAAAUGAGGAGUGUGACAUUACACUAAAUACACCUACACCUACUGAGUUAUCAAAAACACUUUCAAACGUUGAACCAUGUUCAACACAAACAUUUCCAUUGACACAAAAAGACGCUUCCUUGAAUUCAGCAGAUUCAAGUUCUAAUUCGAGUGAAUUUUCAGAAUAUUAUACAAGUAGUAGUUACCAACCAUCCGAAGAAGCAGUAUCUCCUUGUUCUUCUCCAGUUGAGCUGCUAACUGACGCAGAUGAUGUAACAUACACCCAAGAAGUUUUCCAUGGAGACUUGAGAGAAGGAAAUUCACGUAAAAGAAAAGGAGACAAAGGGCAAUGGAAAAAAAAUUAUAACAAACUACUUAGGAUGCAAGGCAAAAAAUACUUGGGUUACACAAAUCCAAAACAUGAAAGAAUGAAACAAAAUAAAAUGCGACCGGAAAGAAUAUUGGGAGUAAGGUGUGAAUCAAACUUCUGCAAAAGAAGCAAGAAAAGGGUAUGUGAACAGAUAAGUGACGAAGACAGAAAAAAUCUAUUUCACCAUUUUUGGUCCGACCUAACAUGGGACCAGAGAAAAAUUUUUGUAUCUACUAACGUCCAUACAACAAGUACAAAACGAAAUACUACAGAAAAUACGUCUAGACGCAGUAAUACUCUCCAAUUUUCACUACCAGGAAAUGAUGAGCAUGGGAACACACUUCGACGGCCUGUAUGUCGAAUCAUGUUCCUCAACACCCUUUGUUUGGGUUCAUUUACGGUUCAAUCAUGGGUUAAAAAAGGUCGUUACGGUAUGCAUCCAUCACAAAACAAUGCCAACUUGAAUAGAAAAAAAACUAGUAGGGUUGAUGUUGAGAUGCAGACUAGACAUCUCGAUAACUUUUUGGAUGCAUUACCUAAAAUGCCAUCCCACUAUAAUCGAAAAAAUACUAAUAAACUUUUCCUAGAACCACUUUACAAAUCGCAAUCCAAUCUAUAUAAUAUCUAUAAAGAAUACUGUUCAUCAAAAAAUACCUCCGCAUUCUCGAUGAAAAAGUUUAAUGAAGUAUUUCAUAGCAAGAAUUUGUCCAUUCACCAGUUAAAAAAGGACAUGUGUGACACCUGUGUAGCACACUCCGUUGGUAAUUUAAGUGAAGAACUUUACCAGCAACACAUAAAAAAUAAGGACAAAGCUAGAAAUGAAAAAAUGUGUGACAAAGAAAGGGCAGUAAGAAAUGAAUGCAUUUUAUUGACCGCUGAUGUACAAGCAGUUAAAGUUAGUCCCUGUAUAACUGCCAGUGCGAUCUAUUUUAAAACCAAAUUGGCAUGCCAUAAUUUCACAGUAUACGACACGACUACCCAUCACGCCACCUGCUACUGGUUUUCCGAAAUCGACAGUGAUGUUACAGCUUCCACUUUUGCCUCAUUAUUAAUAGAUUACCUGGAAAGACACUGUUUAUCUAAGCGCUUACCAAUUAUUCUUUUUACAGACGGAUGCACAAGCCAAAAUCGAAAUGCAAUUCUUGCCAAUGCACUGUUAAAUUUUUGUAUGCAUCAUGGCGUUACCAUAACUCAAAAGUUCCUCGAGGUUGGACAUACGCAAAUGGAGGGGGACGCGGUGCACAGUGCUAUAGAACGUAAGUUGAAAAACAGAAAUAUUCAUUUACCUAGCGAUUACCUGGCAGUGACAAAAGAAGCUAGAACCCGUCCCUUUCCAUAUGAAGCUCUGAUGAUUCCACACAAUUUUUUCAAAAAUUACGCAGAUGAGUCAACCUGGAGAUACACAACUAUACGACCUGGCCGUAAGGUUGGUGACCCGAGAGUAAUAGACAUUAAAGCAAUUAUGUACAAACCUACUGGGAGCAUCCAAGUUAAACUCAACUUUGAUGAUGAUUGGACAGACUUACCAUUACGACCACGGCAAAUACCAGUCAUUACGGAAUAUAAACCUAUGCACAACACACCAAUACCUAUAACGGCCACCAAAUUUAAACACCUGCAGGAACUUAAAACGGUCAUACCACCUGACUGUCAUGGCUUCUAUGAUUCCUUGCCACAUAAAUAA